AUGGGUCGGGUCGAUAGUCAGCAAGAAAAAUUUUCUGGAAAUUUUCGACCGCCAGACAGAGAUAAGAAGAAUAACGUCAUCUCCUUGUGCGGCAAGUCAAAGCCUCUAACCCACUUUGUGACUGCCACCAACGUCGCGCGCAUUAGAAUUAAUUCCGACCAUUAUGGAGAAGGGCUCAAUAAUAAGUUCAAGCUGCGAUACCAAAGUACUGUUGAACCUUCAAAUUUCUCCUCUCAUCAAAACGACAAAAUGACAACGUCGCCUGCUGGCUUCGUUUUUAAACAAAGUGCUGUCAGCAAAGACAUAAGAGUUCCGUCGGGCGGCCCGGUUUCUGAGAAGCUAACUUCCAACGCAAAUAGACCUCCACGACGGUUGCAAAACGUGCGUAAAAGACAUGAUGGGCGCGUGGCCAUUCGCUCUGGCAAUGGAUUCGUCCCGAGACUAAAACUCAAGUCAGCAGCGGCGCUCCCUGAAGAGCCAAAAUACGAACACGUAGCCCCGCCUAAUCCCGAAGACCUUAAUCCCCAGGGCUGGGUGUAUCAAGGCCCUGAUGCGUCUUUGCUCGACCCCAACGCGUUUGCCCCAAUUCCGAUGACCCCGCCAGCGCAACCACAAGCACCGGAAAGCCACGACCCAUGGAAUCAACAUCCAGCACCUCCUCCACCAAGCCAAAUCGGCGCUGGAGGAACUCCUGAAAUUAUCAUCAGACCUCCUGGUUGGUUCAGCAACGAAGAAAACUCACUUGAUGGCGCUAACGAAGAUUCAGACGAAGUGGAGAACGGUAGUUUCGGAGAGCUACUGUCUCACUUAGGACUGGAUAUCGACCCGUUGUAUAUUAUUCUCGGCGGCGGUGGAGUCGCCACUUUGUUGUUGGGGAUUUGCAUCGUCGCGAUGCUUCGAAGACACCUGCGCGAAAAAGAACUAGCCGCAAAGCAGGAGCUCUUUAAGGCGACCGGCCCAGUAUUUAGAACGACGACAAAUCACAAUCACGUGAAGAAGUCCGAACUUCACGAAAUUCAACAGCGUGAGUUGCCCUCUGUUCCUUCUCCUGAAAAACAUACCAGUCUUGCGAAAGCUCCAGCUGGAUUUCAAGAACAUGAAUCUUGGAAAGCUUCUCCGAAAUACUCUCACGCUUUCGAAAAUUCAAAGCGAAAAACGAUCAGUUUGAGCGAGGAGAAAGACACGAGAAGAUCGAGCAAAGGAAUCGUGAGUUUCAAAAAGACGAAAUCGCAAAAUCGAAAUUCACGGAAAUAUUCAACGAGCUCAGAGGUUGACUCUGGGAUGGGAAGAACCGCCAGCUAUCCGGAAUAUGACAAGGAAGGCAAACGAGUGAGGCCAGCUGCGUACAGACCUUCGCUGAGAUUUUGA